CAGACCGACCACCAAACAAACACAAGCACAGACAUGUUGGAGGGAUUCAGGAUUCCUCUGCGCCUCUUAGGCCUUUUCCCCAAGGGUGAGGACAGGAGGAUGAAUAAUGAAAAGCUCUGACUGUUGAAACUGUUGCACCUCUGGUCACACGCCCCCAAUCUGUGACAUGAAGCCAGGUGUUCUGAGAACCUCUCACCGACUCAACCUCGCUCCUGUUGCAUAAUUUGGUUAAAGCUUUCCCCCAUGAACUGUCCCCUUUAAAAAAAAAAAAAAAUGCUACCUUGUGUUCAGUCACGUGUUUCCGGUCCGUCCACUCAAAGCGAAGCCGCCGAUGUGGACGGCGCGAGCGCAAACGCUGCGCCUCAGGCUACACCCACAAGAAUAUGUUUUAGUUUUACCACGUGCACACCUGGCGUUCACGCGACACCGACACUGACGUUUUACUUUGAAAACUCCGGGCUAACGUUGUAGUCUGGAUACUUCAACUGGAGACCUUUGGGAACAAUGGCGCAGACUGCAGCCUCGCCUCCUGACUGGGAUCCGACCAAAGGAGCUGAACCAGAUGAGGAAGGUCGCCCAGGUGGGACUUGAUGGUGUGCGGCGGACGGACUGGCACGACUACGAAGCGAUGAGGAGAGAUGCCGCUCGCGUCGGUAACGGUGAACAGGGGAAGCCGUUCCCUCUGUCAGAGACCGACCAGGUGGACCAGGCCUACAGGGAGAACGGGUUCAACAUUUACGUCAGCGACCGGAUCUCACUGAACCGCUCCCUCCCUGACAUCCGCCACGCAAACUGUAAACAGAAGCUGUAUCCAGAGAAGCUGCCCAACACCAGCAUCAUCAUCCCGUUCCAUAACGAGGGCUGGUCGUCGCUGCUGAGGACCGUUCACAGCAUCCUCAACCGCUCUCCUCCACAGCUCAUCGCAGAGGUCAUCCUGGUCGACGACUUCAGUGACAAAGAGCACCUUAAGGUUCCCCUGGAGGAGUACAUGAUGCGCAUGCCGAAGGUUCACAUCUUGAGGACAAAGAAGAGGGAGGGGCUGAUCAGGACUCGCUUGUUGGGAGCCGCCGCGGCUAAAGGAGAAGUCAUCACCUUCCUGGACUCUCACUGUGAGGCCAACGUCAACUGGCUGCCUCCGCUGCUGGACCGGAUCGCCCAGAACAGGAAGACCAUCGUAUGUCCGAUGAUUGACGUGAUCGACCACGACAACUUCGGCUAUGACACGCAGGCGGGCGACGCCAUGCGAGGAGCGUUCGACUGGGAAAUGUAUUACAAGCGGAUCCCCAUCCCGCCGGAGCUGCUGAGGGACGACCCCAGUGAACCCUUCGAGUCGCCUGUGAUGGCAGGCGGACUGUUCGCCGUGGACAGGAAGUGGUUCUGGGAGCUGGGAGGAUACGACACGGGGCUGGAGAUCUGGGGAGGAGAACAGUACGAGAUCUCCUUCAAGGUGUGGAUGUGCGGCGGUCGGAUGGAGGACAUCCCUUGCUCCAGGGUCGGACACAUCUACAGGAAGUACGUCCCCUACAAGGUCCCCGGCGGGAUCAGCUUGGCGAAGAACCUGAAACGCGUGGCGGAGGUGUGGAUGGACGAAUACGCCGAAUACGUCUACCAGCGCCGGCCCGAGUACCGCCACCUGUCGGCGGGAGACAUGACGGCGCAGAAGGAGCUGAGGAACCGGCUCAACUGCAAGAGCUUCAAGUGGUUCAUGAGCGAGGUGGCCUGGGAUCUGCCCAAACACUACCCGCCGGUGGAGCCCCCCGCCGCCGCGUGGGGAGAGAUACGAAACGUGGGCAGCGACAUGUGUAUGGAGAUCAAACACUUUGUGUCGGGGAGUCCCAUCCGCCUGGAGAGCUGUGUGAAGGGGCGGGGCGAGGUGGGCUGGAGUCAUGGACAGGUGUUGACAUUUGGUUGGAGGGAGGAUAUUCGAGUGGGCGACCCCAUGCACACAAGGAAGGUUUGCUUUGACGCAGUCUCCCACAACAGCCCCGUCACCCUGUACGACUGCCACGGCAUGAAGGGGAACCAGCUGUGGCGCUACAGGAAGGACCAGAGCCUGUAUCACCCCGUCAGUAACAGCUGCAUCGACAGCAGCCCGAGCGAGCGCCGGGUCUUCAUGAACACGUGCGACCCCUCCUCCCCGAGCCAGCAGUGGCUGUUCGAGAGGACCAACGCCACCGUGCUGGAGCACUUCAACCAGGGCGCCAACUGAGGGCACCGGGCGGCGAGAUGAGGCGUCUUCCAAAGAAAAAAAGGUCAUGGAAUAAUGGUCACCUCUGAUCAGAUGAGACUGGAAGCUACAAAUGAACAACAUGCUGCUUUAGAAACAUUCCCCGUGGCGGAGCGGUGAUCCAGCGCGCUGGCUGAGGGCUCCGAGUGCUGGUCGGACCACACACACAGCAAACAUCCAGAAUCCAAUCAUACAGCGUGAGCUCGUGAGGAGGAAGGAGGGUGGGACAACCACAAUGAAACCAAGUGUCCUGUGGAAAUCCAACCAAAAUAAAACUGCACUCUGGACCUCAAGAAUUUACAAGACAAACAUUUGGAAAGAUGCUCUUUUCUUUCAUGGCUGGUUUGAAUCUGUCAAACAGACUCUGCUGGACUUAAUGGAUUAUCUUUUCUUUGGCCUCUUUUAACCCCGACUUUUCUGCUGUUGCCUUACAACUUCCAAGAACAGGACACGCCUGCUCCUUCUUUUCAUUGGUGGUGCCAAACACUUUUUGAAAUCUGUUCCUCAAUGGAAACUGGUGGGAAAAAAAGCAUCAAACAUAUGUUGAACAGUUACUCCUGCACAGUGUGCAGAUGUACUGCAAAAAUAUCUCUUUUUUUUAACAGGAACAUCUUGUACAGACUCAUCUUGAAAGUACAAAUAUUUUUUCUACUGUGUAAUAAAGCAAAGAAAAGAAAAUUACA